AUGGAUGAAGAAACUCAGCCUUCGACUCAGCCCUACGCAGACCCUCGCCGUAAGGGUGUUAACAAUUCCGGACUGAGCCAGCAAGAUGUAGCGGAUAUUAUUUGCAUCCUGCAUCCCAACUCACCUGCCGCACACAAAUCAGCCUCCAUCACCGCAGAUCGUAACCCACAGCAUAUUUUGCAGCGAGAUGAGUUUGACAGUGACCUCAAUGCCUGUGAAUCAACAUAUGACAUUGCAUUACGGUUUUCCUCACCCGUGAAAGAUCAGAGUAUGGGUUUCUGCUUUGGUCGAAGUUCUUCACGGAGCGAUAUCAUAUUUUCCCCUGAUGACAGGGUAUCAAAUACUCAUUUUCGCAUAUACUUGAAGACUGACGGUAUCCUCAUGCUCCAAGACACAUCUACCAAUGGGACCAUUGUGGAUGCAAAGGCCAUCCGGAGAGAUGGCAAAGAUAACAACCCGACAACUCAAAUGCUUAUGUCUGGCUCGGUCAUUCACGUCUCUGGCAGUGACUUAGCCUCUGCUAUAAAGUUUGUCGUCAGGAUACCCGCUCGAGACGAACUCCAUGCACAAUACACUAGGAACCUCACCUGGUAUCUUAACCGGAUUCGCCAACUCAAUACAAAAGCGGGUGAUGCUGGGCGUGGAGAGAUGGCAGCUCCUGGAAUUGUUAUUGCUCACACUAACCAUUCUCACGGAAUGCAUUGGAAUGGUGGAGCUAAGUAUAAUGUGACUGGGCAGAUUGGAAAGGGCGCGUUCGCGACCGUCUAUAAAUUGGCAACCAAGAACGAUGGUGCUCUAUUCGCUUGCAAAGAACUGGAUAAACGGCGCCUCAUGAAGAACAACGCUUUGGACCAUAAAGUUGACAGUGAAAUGAGAAUCAUGAAAGACUUGGAUCACCCUAAUAUUGUACGCUUCCAUGAUUACUUCGACUUUAAUAACCGCUGGAUCUACAUUAUUAUGGAGUAUAUUGGAUGUGGAGAGCUUUCGAACUACGUCCAAAGCGCCGGGCUUUUACCUGAGGAUCAAGUGCAGACUAUUUCCCGGCAGCUUCUCCAUGCGUUACACUAUCUCCAUGCCCGGAAAAUAACGCACCGUGAUAUAAAACCGGAUAAUAUUCUCAUUUCUUCUUAUGACCCUUUCAUCAUUAAAUUAUCGGACUUUGGCCUAUCCAAGGUCUCGCAGGAAGAAACUUUGCUGAAAACCUUUUGCGGAACGCUCCUUUAUUGUGCACCAGAAGUAUACCCGGAAUAUGAUACUUAUAAACAUCACCUUCCUCGGAAAAGGCGUCGACCGGGCGACCCUUUACCAAGAACAUCACCGUACGACCAGUCUGUUGACAUGUGGUCGUUUGGAGCUGUGGCUUUCCACAUUCUUUCCGGGCACCCACCAUUCAUGGGCCGUGGAGACGACAGGGGAGCCCAGAUGUUACGAAAUAUAAUGACUACAGACGCAGAUUAUACAUUGCUAGAAAAUGUUGGAGCAUCGCCAGAAGCAAUCGAUUUUAUAUCCAGGCUGCUUAACCGCGACCCCAAGGCUCGACCAAAAGAGCCAGAAUGCUUUCAACACCCAUGGAUUGCCGAAGUUCCGGAUGAAUUUGAAUACGAAGAAAUUGGAGAACCCGCUCAAACCGGCCCUCUCACUGGACUGGUUGCUGUACCAGAAGUAAGUGAGGAAGAAGACCAAGAUGCUUCAGGGCCCGAGCUUGAUGAUAUUGCUGAUAUAAUGUUGGCGCACGCACGAAGACGGGAAAAAGCAGCUGAGGAAAGAGAGCUAUCAUCAUCUGACCAGAAUGCCAACGCGAAGAAGCCCCGUGUAACAUUAGCACAGGAUGUUGAAGAGCAGUACGUCCAGGCUCCGGAUGAUGUCCGAUAUCCUUCCCUCCCACAGUUUUCAAGCUAUGGAUUUGAAGCCAAAGCUGAAGUGAAAUCUUCACCCAAUGGGCCACGUCUCUUUGGAGAGAUCACUCCAUCUCUUCUCAAAAGCUCUGGAGUGUUUGGUGGGGAUUAUCCUGAGGAGAUGGAUAUUGCGGAACUCAACGAAGAUGACGACAAUGACUCUACUGACCAGUACGUGAUAUCGAAUGAGGGCUCAAGCUUGAGCAAAGAUAUCUUUGCGGACGUAGGCCAGCCACACCCACCACUUACAAUGAGGCCACCACCGCCACCACUAAAAGCAUCGGAUCCAAGUUUAAUGGGGGCUGAGUCGUUAGUGGGCCACCUGCACAUGCAUUCUGCUGGCCAGAAGGGCAUGGCCACCGGUGCUGCGCGGAGCGAGAAUGCUGAUGAUACCGGGUAUCCGUUGGACGGGGAUUCCCAGAAUAGCAAAAGAUAUGCCUCUUCCAAUGGCACAGCUAAGGGAAACUGGACUGGAGACAAAGACCAGACUGGCACAGGGCCUUUUACAUCAACAAAUAAAUCUUCACCGCCGGGUGAUAGGCUUACAUCUUAUAGAUCAGUAGCGAGAGACAUCAGCAGCAGUGACGAAACGGACAAACCGCAUAGCCCUACUGCAAGUGAAAAUCUGGGUAAUGAGGAUAAGAUCCCGAAUGAACUUGCCUGUACCAUUGACGAACGCACAGGACUUGAAGUACCGUCCCAAUCUCAACCAAAUCAGGGCAAUAACACAGACGUUAAAGAGAACGGGAAAGAAAACGGAUUUGCCAAGCCUGCUACCAUCUUAGGAAAACUCACGCCUCUGCCUGGAUCUAUUCUUGACCAGCCAAUCCGACUAGAGUCACGAAUGACAUCUUGGGGCCGAGGAACACAAGCAACCAUCCGUCAUCCUGACUCUAUGGACUUUCGCAUCCCCUCUUAUGCUCUUGAAUUGACCUUUUGGGCACCGUCGAUUGAAGCCCGAAUCUCUGCCGGGGAGGAUUGGUUACAGAUGGACGACGUUGUGACGCUAAUAUCCACAAAGACCAGCCAAUGUAUAUGGGUCAAUGACGUCGAGCUACGUAAGGAAUCCCCGAGCAAGGACGCAUUCUUGUUUGGAAGGAUUUAUACUGGCGACAUUAUCACAGUGUACAGAAACAAGGACCAGUUUUUGCGUUUCCGAUGCGAAUUAUACCAUGGAAAGAGUAGGCUAGAAAGGCCUGCAGACGAGAAACGGUUCUUAAUAGAAGAGUCGCCAAAGUCCCACUACAAUGUUCGAACAGAAGGCAUCCCGGCAUCUAAAUCAGAGCCGUCACCUACUGAGACAUCGGCCUGA